AAAAGAAGUAAAUCCAACAUUUAUGGCAGAGAAAAAGAUAUGGCGUCCAAAGAGAAACAGACAAUCGUUAUCGAUCGUGUUCAUUCAAAACGUGAAGGUCCAGGGGAACAGCCAUCAGAAACCAGAGGCAGACAUGUGUCGGCAGCUAUCAAUUGUCUCGCAAGGUGCCGUCGAAAAAGUUUGAUAACCAUUGUUGCUCUCAUAGUGUCCAUUGCCGUACUUAUCGCAGUGGUGUUUGUAGGAAAACAUCUUACGCAAAGCCAUGACCACAACGAGUUAAGAGGUAAUAAUUGAUUCAUCUUGCGCCUUAGCGAUUUCGUUCUAAAGUUAUUCAUGAUGAACCAGAUGCACAAGUACAAAAUAGUUAGAAAGUGGUCGAGACUUCACAGCACCGUUUUCUUUUCCACUUCUUAGGAAGUUAGAAUUUAACAAUUAAUUUUCUGCAGAAACCCAAAACUACUUAUGAAGCCCUAGUAUUUAUCGAUCGAUCGACAUUUGGUAUCAGUUAUUUCAGUGAAACUAGAGAAGGGAGUGCAGACUGCAGAGACGAAAACAGAAUACUUGGUAAAGAACACUGACCGGGUUAUACGAGACAUGGACAGCAUUCGCGAAAGUUUGAUGAGUUUAGUCUCGUAGACUAGCAUUUCUUUUUCCUCGAAAAUUAUUGGAAUGAGACAUCUGCUUUGCAUUUCACUUCUUUUUCCUUUUUCUUUUUUUUUUUUUUUUUUUUUUUUUACUUUAUUUUUUUCUCGGUACAAUUCUUCUAGAUUUUCCUGCUGAAAUAUUCGGCUUAAAGUCGGUCUUUCAAGUCACUCAAGUCUUUGUUUUCUUACCAAAACAGCUUUUAAGAUCCCCUCGAACAAUGGAUAAGAUCAUUAAUGAUAUGCUCACUAACUUUAUUGUCCAACCUUAAUAAAUCGAUGUUUGAUAUGCCAAGUGUUUAACUGCGGAGACAAUGACUUAAAUGGAUGGCGUGACUGGUUCUAGAGAUCUACAACGUUAUUCUUUGAUUCAGGAUUUCUGGUAAAUGUUUGCCGUUAUGGGCAAUUUUUAAAAAUCAAUGAUGGAAGAAAGAUGGUUGGAUUUAAAGCCAUUGACGUUUUAUAGAUUAAUGACCACUCUUCUAAACGGAUAGUCUCUGGCGUUUGUCAUCCUGCAGAUACAAUCCAUUUAGAAACGCUGGCAGCCAUCCAUAGUUCGAAUUCAUUGACACUUUCUCAAACACCCUUUGCAAGUUUCGGCCUCGGUAAUCUCCGAACAAAUAAACUUAUCUAGAACUUGGGACAACCAAGGAUUCACAAAACUGACGAUUGUACGAAUAUGCCACCCAAAUUCGACUGCACGCAAUGUCUAAAUCUUGAAAACCCAGAAUCAGAGAGUUAAUGAGCACAUAACUAGAUCAGAAAAAUAUUAUCUGGCUUAAUCCGUCUUACGGCACGGACAAUUAAAAGAAAUGUCACGAAUUCAUAGGAUUACAUUUGCAAUAGAUAAUCAUUUUAACAAAUCGCCCCAACUCCAAAAGAUUUUCAGCAGGAAUAACCUAAAAAGUAAGCUCCGGCUAUACACAAAACUGGAGAUCACAGUCCAAAAAAAUUUAAAGGAAAAAAAAAAACCGAAAGGUCGUGAAUGGAUCCAACGAAACUUAAUCAGCAGUUCCAAAAUAGAGUGAUUACUUGAUUAAGGUCCUGUGUCCUCUUGAUGUUGAGUGUGUGAUAAAUAACGUCAUCUACGAAACCGCUGUUACAAUGUCACGUAUCAGCAUAAUAUGCUAGCGCCAUCUGAUCGGUCGAGGUUUGCGUCAUAUCUCGCUGUAAUCACCUCGUACGAGGUAAUUAUAGCAGGGGUACUAAAUUGCAAAGUGGCUGCCUCGCGUUUUGUUAAUGUUUCUGCGGAAGUGGUAAACGUGUUAGAAGAAAAUACAAUUGCGAAGAGCACAAAAUUUGCUAUUGAGUUUGACGGAACACUUUUUAAAAGAGAGAAGCUUACAAUGAUACGCAUAAUCACCACAAUUAUAGCAAUAAUAGCUUUAUUUACAGAAUUUACAACAGAAUUCGAAAGAUUCUGCGCAAUUAUACCACAAUAAUGAUUCGCCUCAAGCUCAGUGAACAUUAUUGUAUAAUCUUAUUCAUUUUGCCGUCGGCCAAUAAUUUUCAAGUAGACGAAAAGGUAGUAAACCCACGAAGAACUGAUUCUUUUGGUGACCAGUUUCAAACAAACCCAUUGUUUGGCCAUUGUUUUUAUGCUGUUCGGUUCUGUAUUGUGUUUCGUGUUCUUUUAUUUUGUAUUAUUUUGAAUUUUUUUUGAUCUGUUUUGUUUAAGUUCUGUCGCGUUUUUUUUUUUUUUUUUUUUUUUUUUUUUUUUUUUCGCCCAAAGGUCGAUACAAGAUUGAUUUGAACCCCCUGGAACAGUAAAAGAGUUAUGUUUUUCACUCAGAGUUUUUAUUUUCACAGCUAACACACAGCAGCAGGUUGAGACUAAAAACAUGUAAAAUAAAAAGUUAAGUUAACUAGGAUAAAUAAAUUACGAACAAAAAUAAAUACAAAACGAAACGAAAAAUUAAAGAAAACUUUUAGAAAGAGAACUGCGCCAAACGCGACUUUACGUAAAUUGAAUAAGGGGGGUAAGUUUCUACAGAAACUGUGGUGCUGCGUUGGUGGGGAGUGUUGAUAACGUAAAUAGGCCACAAAGCUUACAUUUCGAGCGUUAGCCCCUCGCCAGGGGGUUAACGAAGGGUUAACGUUAACGUUCGAAAAGUCAGCUUUUGAACUCAUUACGGUGGCCAGUUUAGGUAAACUGGCUUAGAAAAAUGAUGCAUAAAAAUAGAAGAGGAUUGUGUAACUACGUGGGGUAUGAAGAACAAAAACGUACAAAUAAGACAAAUAAGGUGUAAGUAAAGAAGGGAAAUGAUGACAAACUUAACGAAAAACACUAAAAGGAGGUCUGGGAAAAAAAGGAAAUAAAUAAAUAAAUAAAUCCAAAAUUCCAUUAAAAAAUAAUUAGUAAGCAAUUUAGAUCUUACAUCCGCCAUAAGGCUCUUUAAUAUUCUUAUGAAUCUUCAAACCCCCCCCCACCCACCCCUCUUCACUAAAAGUUUAUCAGUUCUCAGACAAUUUACUGUAGUCACUCCCCCCCCCCUUCAAACUCUGUUGGUAAUGAAUGGUACCCCUCCAUUCCCUCAUGCUAUCCCCCUCCCCCCAGAAUCUUCCUCCCGCCUGCCCUUCCAAGUGGUGAACAAUGAUUGGUCCCUAAUUCUUUGGAAAAUCUAGUAUAGUUCAGCGAAAAGGCUUAUAACUGUGUUCACAUAGAUAUUUUGUGUGACGAUACAGCUGUAUGAUCGUAGGUUUAUCAUGACCAAGGCGAUAAUUCGAAAGACAUCUUACUUUUUCUCGUUGUCUUCAAUAUUUCUGUUUUUUCUCUUUCAUGGUACAGAAGAAGUCAGGAACGAUGGUCAAGAUCCAAACAAGGAAGUGGACUGCAUUAACACUAAUGGCUCUUACAAUCGUACCUGUAAGGGUGACUAUGUUAGACCCUUUCAGCCAUGCAGGGACAUGAAUGCGAGCUUAGCCAGAACUAAUACUUCCCGAAACUGUACAGGUAAGGAAAGAUACCUGGGAGACGGUCAUGAAAGGAAACUUCAAUCAUUUUAACUUAUAUGUAGAAUGACAUUGCCCGCCAACGGAUUCCCUGCUACUCCAUUGACAGAGCAUUCAGCCGCAAUUACUAGAAUCUUAACGGGCAACUCGAGUUACUAUAUUCUAUGCUCGUUGCAAAUCACACUUUGUUUUUCUUUACUGAGUACGUUUUCUUCACAAUACUGACGUACGAUUGCAAUUAUUUUGAUGCCGUUAGAAUACCAAACUAUCAUAUAAAUACCUUCCGCACCACUACUUGUAGUCCGCAACACUUUUCUUGCACUCCUGAAUAUGUUAAGAAUAGUUAUCAUUAGUUUGCUCAAAUAUCAUCCGAAAACGAAAUGUAUUGAACUAAAAAUUGUGAAAUAGUUUUACAGUUUGUUUUACAUAAUACGGGCGUGAUAUUUUCCAAGGAACUCAUGGAGCCUUAGCAAUCACUGCUUUCUCCAAAGAACUCAAACAACUAAGGUAUAAUUAUGAGAGUUAUAAAAUAAUCUUUUUGCAAUUAUCAUUUAAUCUUGUAGUCGACCCAUGUGUUAAUUACAAAGUCCUGAGUAAUGCCGACAGAAGGAGCUCUUACGUGACAGUCUUCAAUGAAAUGUCAUGUGACAGUGGAUUCUGGGGAUGGUAUCGUUUCGUGGGAGCAGCAGGAACAAGAAUGCCAGACAAAUGUAUUCGUCGGCAUAGAUGUAAUACAGUUCUUUCAGGCUGGUUGAAUGACGAUCAUCCUUCAGUGGAAGACGGUGAAAUUUCCAGAAGGGUCUGCUUUUCCCAGCUGCCCUAUGGCUGUUGCAGAUUCAUAUUGGACAUCUCCGUGAUCAACUGUGGGUCUUAUUACAUUUACCGUUUUGUUACACCACCGAAAUGUCCAGGGCGCUACUGUAGUACAGACUAA